UAGAGACAAAAAAAAUAAAAUAAAAUAAAAAAUUUCAGAGCGGAAGAAAAAAGUAGAGAGAAAAGAGGGAGUAUUUAUAAACGUGGCACGCUUUUCCUCUGCUUCCGGGAACACCGGUUUUGUUUCAAAAAAGACUCUCUCUGUCUCUCUCUCUCAGUCUCAGACUCCCCAGCGAAUCUCCAAUAUUCUUUGGUUUUUUUUUCUUCUGUUUUUCUAUUUUUUUUUUGUUUUUUUAAAUUCUUUUGGACUUCUUUGGUUUGGACGGUUUUCAUUCCUCUGUAUGCUUUCUUGAGAUUAUUUACCAGCCGGAAAGACAGAGACUUUUAGGGAUUUGAUUUUGGAUUCUUUGACACUUUGAGCUUCUCUUUUGGUUUUGUUUAUGGUUGGACUUUGACAACAUGAGGAAGAAGCUUGAUACCCGUUUCCCAGCCGCUCGAAUUAAGAAGAUUAUGCAAGCUGAUGAGGAUGUUGGGAAGAUUGCUAUGGCUGUGCCUCUUCUAGUUUCCAAAGCAUUGGAACUAUUUUUGCAAGAUCUUUGUGACCGAACGUAUGAAAUAACACUGAAGAGAGGAGCAAAGACAAUGAAUUCUCUUCAUUUGAAACAGUGUGUGCAAACCUUUAGUGUUUUUGACUUCCUAAGGCACAUUGUGAAAAAAGUUCCUGAUUUGGGUGGUUCUGAUACAGCCGGCGAGGAUCGUUCUACUGUCAAAAGAAGGAAAGUUGUUGAUGAUGAAGACAAUGACAGUGAAGAAGAUUCCAAGAGGACUAAAAUGAAUGAGGCUGGUCAGAGUACUGGCAGUGGCAGGGGAAGGGGUAGGGGUAGAGGUAGAGGUCGCGGACGUAGCAGUCGGCUGAUAGAGAGGGAGACAGCUUUGCAUGAUGAGAAGUUUGAAGAUGAUGUAGACAUUCCCAAGGACGGUGACAAGAAUGAUCAAAGCCUUGAAAGUCCAGAUGAUGCGACCGAGCAUGAAGGGUUGAAAAAGGAGAAUAUGUCAGUUGACAAAGAUUCAGAACCAUCUGUCCGAAACUUUGACUUGAAUGUGGACUUGAAUGAGAAUGGGGACUCUACAAAUCUUUCAGCUGCUGCCCCUGCCAGUUUGGCAACAGAAGUUUCCACUGCUGUCCCUGCUAGUUCAGCAACACAGACCACACCUGAAAUGAAGCACGAAGAAUAUCCCGGUUGGUCUUUGGCUGAUGUGGAAAACAUGGCCAUUGAUCCCAUACAACUUGCAAAUUUAAAUAGGAAUAUAGACGAGGAUGAGGAAGAUUAUGAUGAAGAAAGUUGAGCAACUACAAUAGAUAAAGGGGGGUUGGCCUUUUCUUCUGAAUUAUAGCUUGGGUUAGAUGUUAGGGUGAUACUUUCAGUAAAGUUAGAUAUGGUUAGAUAUGGCUAGGCAGCAUAGGGCAAAGUAUAUGACGGAAACAAAAACACACCAUUUUAGACAAAUGUUAGAAGUAGAGUUUCAUAUCGGGGCUCCAUUAAAGUUUGUAGACGUUGCUCCACAUGUUUUUCAGGGGGCACAUGAAGUCCUUGAAUUUGUUUGAUUAACCAAAUCUUUCCUUCCCUUUCUUUC